UGGCGAAAUCGGGUUCCACCAUUCAGCCUCUGGUGACCCCUUCGGGCCAGUCACUUGACUUUUCCGAGCCUCAGUUUCCGCAUCUGUAGGCCCCGGACCUGUGAUUUCUUUGGCAUAGGGAACUCCCUGGGGAGGACACACAUUCGACCAGCGCAGGGUUUUUCGAUCUACUUUCCAACAAGAUGUUAGUAUUUUUGAAACGUCCUGUUCUUGUAACUGCAGAGAUCAACUUGAACUUAGUGGCUUUGACGGUGGUAGCUUUGUUGAGUCGCUUAUGGAGACUCUCCUAUCCACGGGCAGUAGUCUUUGAUGAAGUCUACUAUGGGCAAUUUGUGUCACUUUACAUGAAGCAUAUCUUCUUUGUGGAUGGUAGUGGACCACCACUUGGCCACAUGUUGCUUGCUUUUGGAGGUUAUUUGGGAGGAUUUGAUGGCAACUUUUUGUGGAACAGAAUUGGAGCAGAGUAUACUAAUAAUGUGCCAGUGUGGUCCUUGCGCCUGUUGCCAGCACUAGCAGGGGCCCUUUGUGUCCCGUUAGCUUAUCAGAUUGUAUUAGAACUCCAUUAUUCCCACUACUCUGCUCUCGGAGCUGCACUUCUGAUUCUGAUAGAGAAUGCUUUAAUUACUCAGUCUAGGCUGAUGCUAUUGGAGUCAUUAUUAAUUUUUUUUAAUCUCUUGGCUGUAUUGUCCUACCUAAAGUUCUCCAAUUUCCAAAAAUACAGCUCAUUCUCUGUGAGCUGGUGGGUUUGGCUAAUUCUCACUGGAGUUUCUUGUUCUUGUGCAGUUGGGGUAAAAUAUAUGGGCCUUUUCACUUAUAUUCUGCUACUUACCGUUGCUUCAGUCCAUGCCUGGCACUUGAUUGGAGACCAAGCUUUAUCAAAUGCUCGUGUAUUUUGUCAUUUGUUAGCCAGAGGAGUGGCCUUGUUUAUUAUACCAAUAUUUAUGUAUUUAUCUUUUUUCUACAUCCAUCUAAUGGUGCUAUAUCGUUCUGGACCCCAUGAUCAAAUUAUGUCUAGUGCUUUCCAAGCCAGCUUGGAGGGUGGAUUAGCUCGGAUCACACAAGGCCAGCCAUUAGAGGUAGCCUAUGGUUCCCAGAUUACCCUGAGAAAUGUUUUAGGUAAACCCAUGCCCUGCUGGCUUCAUUCACAUAAGAACACCUAUCCUAUCAGGUAUGAGGAUGGCCGAGGCAGCUCUCAUCAGCAACAGGUGACUUGUUAUCCCUUUAAAGAUGUCAACAACUGGUGGAUUGUAAAAGAUCCUGGGAAGCAUCAGUUGGUAGUGACCAAUCCUCCUAAGCCUGUACGGCAUGGGGAUAUUGUACAGCUGGUCCAUGGAAUCACCACUCGCUUCCUCAAUACGCACGAUGUUGCUGCACCUCUAAGUCCACACUCUCAAGAAAUUUCCUGUUACAUCGACUAUAACAUUUCCAUGCCAGCGCAGAACCUUUGGAGAGUGGAUAUCGUAAACCGUGAGUCAGAUUCAGAUAUAUGGAAGACCAUAUUGUCAGAAGUUCGGUUUGUACACGUCAACACUUCAGCUGUACUGAAGCUAAGUGGGGCAUCAUUACCUGACUGGGGUUAUUGGCAACUGGAGAUCAUUGGUGAAAAAUCGGUCAAGAGCUAUCACCAGAGCAUGGUAUGGAAUGUGGAGGAACACCGAUAUGGGAAAAGCCAGGAGCAAAAGGAGAGAGAGUUGGAGUUGCAUUCCCCUACUCAUAUUGAUAUCAGCAAAAACCUCAGUUUUAUGGCCAGAUUCACAGAAUUGCAGUGGAAGAUGCUCACAUUAAGGAGUGAAGAAACUGAACACAAGUACAGUUCCUCGCCCCUGGAAUGGCUCACAUUGGAGACAAAUAUCGCCUAUUGGCUACAUCCCAAGACCAGUGCUCAAAUCCACCUACUUGGAAAUGCUUUGACCUGGUCUUCAGCCAAUAUUGCCACUUUGGCCUAUGUGCUUCUGUUUUUCUGGUAUCUGCUCAGACGGAGGAGAAAUGUUUGUGACAUCCCUGAGGAUUCCUGGUCAUUCUGGAUAUUAGCUGGGACUGUGUGUUGUGGAGGCUGGGCUGUGAACUAUCUUCCCUUCUUUCUGAUGGAGAAGACGCUAUUCCUUUACCACUAUCUGCCUGCUCUCACCUUCCAAAUCAUCCUACUCCCUAUUGUGCUGCAGCAUGUGAUCGAAUACCUCUGCAGAUCCCAGCUCCAGAAGAACAUAUUCAACUCUUUAAUUAUAGUAUGGUUUUCCUCUGUGUAUCUGGUAUAUCACACGUUUAGCCCACUAACCUAUGGAGAUCAAUCUCUCUCAACAAACGAACUCAAGGCUCUGCGUUGGAAGUCUAGCUGGGAUAUCCUGAUUAGAAAACACUAAUGGAAAAAAAGAAUAAACUAAUGGAAAUCUGAGAUAGGGGGCUGGAUAUAAAGUAGAAGAGAUCUUGUUUGUUUCUUUCUUGCAUUUAUUAACGAGCAAAGCUACUCUGAAAUUGAAGGAAUGACUGAUGAGUUCCUCACCUUUAAUUGCAGAAAGAAGUAGCUGAAAACUUCACAUCUUAAUUUUUAUCAUUUCAUUUCACCAUUAAGAAGACCAAUUAAAAGUUAACUUACAUUUUGA